UUCUGCUCAUAUUCAAAACUCUCUUGAGUUUGCUGAAAAGAGUACCCGUUCAUGUCGAUAAAACUAAGGAUCUCCAUUAUUCUUACUUUGUCACACUGCUUGUUUGUGAACCCAGCAGCCAGCAGGGACACAAUUUUACAAGGACAACAGCCGCUCAGGGUCUGGGAGUCCCUGUAUUCAGCAGAAAAGGUAUUUAGAUUGCAGUUCUUCAGCCCAGGAACCUCAAAGAGCUGGUAUUUAGGAAUUUUUCACAACACACCAUCUAACUUCCCGGACUAUCGAAGAGAAUUUUAUCUUAAGGCAGUUUGGGUGGCUAACCGUGAUAAUCCAAUUGCGGACGCAUCGGGGAGCAUAAUGAUUGACACCCAUGGCAACUUGAAGAUUACAUACAGUGGAGGUAAUGUUCCCAGUGUUUUCAAUUCAGCCCCGGCUGCAGCCAGAAAUGUAAGCGCUACACUUCUAGAUAAUGGCAAUUUUGUACUGAGCGGGCUGAAUCCAGAUGGUUCUGUAAAUGGAACAUUAUGGCAAAGCUUUGAUUAUCCUACAGACACACUUCUACCUGGAAUGAAACUGGGAAUUGAUUUCAGGACAGGGAAUCGAUGGUCGCUCACUUCUUGGAUAAGUGACGAGGUACCAGCCUCAGGAUCAUUUACGAUUGGCGGAGACCCAAAUGGCACAAGCCGAUUGGUAUUGUGGUGGCAGGGAAAUGUCUACAGGACUAGUGGACCUUGGAUUAAUGGACAUUUCGUUAAUUCUGAUAGUUCUGAAUUAUGUGCGGGCUUUAGCUACAUUUCAAAUGAGAAUGAGAAGUACUUGAUUUAUUCAGCAAAUAAGACUGACACUUGGGCAAAACUUGUAAUGGAUUGGGAUGGCUAUGUUGCUGAUGAAGAAGGACCAAUUACAGAAUUACAAAACAUUUUAUGUGGUAACGAUGUUUGUACGGGUAAGACAUUGCCAGAGUGUAGGAAGGAUGAUAAUUAUUUCUUUGAGACCAGGAGAGGUUAUCUGGAUGAUGGUUACAAACCUGAUGGAUACCACAACAUGAGCAUGUUCGACUGUUGGGACAACUGCGUUCGGAAUUGCUCGUGUAUUGCUUAUGCCUCAAUCACCGAAAAUGGAACUGGCUGUGAAAUUUGGAGUGAAGUAAAGAGAUUCUACCCAUAUGUCACAACAACGAGCCGGGAAAUUAACUUUCUAAAAAAAAAUACACACAAGUGGUGGGCAUGGCUUAUAAUUGCUCUGAGCGGGACAAUAUUACUGGCAUUCAUCAUCUUAUGCUAUUUAAGAAACUUCAGACCAAAAUCUGAAAAACAAAGGACGCUUCAAGAGUUUGAAGAUGCUAUUACACUUUCAGACAAAUACAACAAAACCAGUGACAAAAUAGACAAGACGAUGAGGCAAGUUCACUUUCUCAGCUUCAAGAGCAUUGCCAUGGCCACGAACAAUUUCUCCAUUGAAAAUAAGCUUGGAGAGGGAGGCUUUGGACCUGUUUAUAAGGGAAAAUUACCAGGUGGACAAGAGAUUGCUAUAAAAAGACUUUCAAGAAAUUCAGGACAAGGACUGACAGAAUUUAAAAAUGAGAUUCUAUUGAUAGCCAAAGUCCAACACACUAAUCUUGUUAAGCUUUUAGGAUGCAGCAUUGAAGGGCAAGAAAAGAUUUUAAUAUACGAGUACAUGCCUAACAAAAGCUUAGAUUAUUUCCUCUUCGAUCAUAGUAGAAGAGGAUUACUAAAUUGGACCAACCGCUUGAGCGUUAUAAAAGGAGUUGCUCAAGGACUUGUCUACCUCCAUGAGUAUUCAAGGUUGAAGGUGAUUCAUCGUGAUUUGAAAGCAAGCAACAUCUUGCUUGAUCAAAACAUGAAUCCAAAAAUAUCAGAUUUUGGCAUGGCCAGAAUAUUUGGGGCGACACAAUCUGAAGCUAAUACAAAUAGAAUUGUCGGAACAUACGGCUACAUGUCUCCUGAAUAUGCUGGAAAAGGCAUUGUUUCAUUGAAGACCGAUGUAUUCAGUUUUGGAGUUCUAGUGCUUGAAAUUGUGAGUGGCAAGAAAAAUUAUUACUCCUAUGACUCAGAACACUCUCUCAACCUUAUUGGAUUUGCAUGGGAGCUUUGGAAGGAAGGAAGAGUUCUUGAGGUAAUGGACUCAACACUUGAUAUAAGCCAUAGGGAUCAAAUGGUGAGAUGCAUCAAUGUGGGUCUGUUAUGCGUUCAAGAUCACGCUGCAGAUAGGCCCUCCAUGACAGAUGUGGUUUCUAUGCUUACAAAUGACUCUCUGCACCUGUCGACGCCAAAACAACCAGCAUUCUAUAUUGAGAUCAGUGCACAAAAAACACACAAAGAAAUCUCAUUGGAAAAGAACUGCACCAACGGAUUGACAAUGUCAGUGAUGGAAGCUAGAUAAUAAUUGAAGAUGCUACUCAUGUCUCUAUAUGCAUUUUAUGGGUUAUGGAAUAUGAACAACAGAACUUAAUGGUUGCAUUUGAUCACAGUGAUCCCUCCUAUGUUGGUUGAUUUUCAUACAUUAACAGAUAUUUCAUGUUGGAAUUAAUAGUUUC